CUUCUCAGACCAGCAGUUGUUCCAGAACUUUUUCCUCCUCCUGCAGGUUCUGUUGGAGUGAACAUCCUCGCUGUCUCUGCGUCUUUACGCACGGAGCCUCCUGUUGCGCGCCCGGCAGCUCCUCUUCUGCUAACUCUCCCUCUGAUCGCUUCUCCGUGGAUACUCCCGCUGCGCGCGGGAGGAGCGCAACCCCCCGGCCAUGGAUGACGAGUUUCUGUCUGACUUGCGGCCCAAUCUGCCGGGAGAGUCCGAGGCUCUGAGCCCCAACUCUACCGAGGAGCCCGGUUGGUGGCCAUCUUCUGACAGCGGGGAGACGGUCCACUUCGUGGUGCGCUGCGUCAUGACCUCCGUGUACAUCCUCAUCAUCACUGUGGGUCUGCUGGGCAACAUCACCCUGGUGAAGAUCUUCAUCACCAACAGCGCCAUGCGGAGCGUGCCCAACAUCUUCAUCUCCAGCCUGGCGGCGGGAGACCUGCUGCUGCUGGUCACCUGCGUGCCCGUGGACGCCUUCCGCUACUUCUCCGAGGAGUGGGUGUUCGGCGAGGCGGCGUGCAAACUCAUUCCCGUCAUCCAGCUCACGUCGGUCGGCGUGUCGGUGUUCACGCUCACGGCGCUCAGCGCAGACAGGUAUAAGGCCAUCGUGAACCCGAUGGACAUCCAGACGUCCAGCGCCGUCUUCUGGACGUGUCUGAAAGCGGUUUCCAUCUGGCUGCUGUCAGUCCUGCUCGCCGUUCCUGAGGCCAUUUUCUCCCAAGUCGUCUCCAUGCCGGGCCACAGGGACAACACGACCUUUGUGAACUGCGUGCCCUACCCGCUGUCCAAUCAGAUGCAUCCUAAGAUCCACUCCGUGAUGAUCUUUCUGGUUUACUUUCUGAUCCCUCUGGCCAUCAUCUCGGUGUAUUACUACCACAUCGCCCGCACGCUCAUCAGGAGCGCCCACGACAUGCCGGGCGAAGUCAGCGAACACACCAAGAGACAGGUGACGACUGGAUUUCAUUCAAGUCAGGAAGUCUUUUAA